AAAAUCUUGUGUUUUGUGAAAUGUCAUUUUCCUCGUUUCUUAAUAAAUAAAUUGAAAUUUUUUUGAGUUAAAUCUUUAAAUACAAUUGUUAUAUAGAAAAUGAAUGCGCCACCAACAUUCGAAUCGUUUCUGUUGUACGAUGGUGAAAAGAAAAUCAUUCGAGAACAAGAUACUAAAGUACCAAAUGCAGCUAUAUUUACAAUAAAUAAAGAGGAUCAUACUUUAGGAAAUGUGAUUAGGAAUCAAUUACUUAAAGAUCCAAAUGUGUUGUUUGCUGGAUAUAAAGUACCACAUCCUUUGGAGCACAAAUUUGUUAUUAGAAUUCAAACAACAAACGAUUAUUCUCCGCAAGAAGCUUUAAUGAAUGCAAUAACGGAUUUAAUAUCUGAGUUGUCUCUUUUUGAAGAACGAUUUAAAGAAGCAAUUAAAGAGAGGAGGGAAGGUUUAGAUUAAAAAGAUUAAGAUCUAAAAUAAGUUUAAUUUUAUUUUACAAUGUAAGUUUAAAUUAGGGAAAAAAAUUAAAU